AUGACUGACUUGGUACCAGGAGGAAUCUCAUUCUUUUCACAACGCCACGGGUGGUCAUGUGACACUGUGCAGGAAUUCGAAGUCGUUCUUGCAAAUAGUUCUAUCGUCAGAGCUACUGAAAACUCCAAUGCGGACCUCUUUUGGGCUCUGCGGGGCGGAGGAGCAAACUUUGGUGUGGUGACGAGUGUCUCUGUGGAUGUGUUUCCACAGGGUCCAUCUUGGUACAAUUUCCAGCUCUUCAAUCUAGGAGACAUCAAGAGCGUGAUGCAAAGACUUGACUACCUCACGAGGAAUAUGCCCACAGACCUGCAAAUGAUUGCGACAAAUCUUGCUUGGUCACCGUGGCGCAAAGAGUUUGUGCUCUCAGACCGGAUCGUUUCUUUGUCUGAGAAUGUCAUGGAGACUAUGCAGAUGGAUACGAAUGCAUAUGACCCGUGCCUAGACACGCCUUUGCCUGCGGAAGAGCACCUAUAUCGACGAACAACGUUUGAGAUGGCCCAAGUGAUGGAUAUUGUCAAUGAGGAUGGAUUCUUCAAUUUCUUCGGCUCAAUGACUGUCAAGAGUGGUGUCGAGAUUAACCUAAUUGUCGCCGAUAUAUUCCAAGAAGAAGCAAGCAAGAUAACCAACAUUCCUGGCAUCCAGGUGUACAUUGUAUACAACCCUUUAACAACACCAACAAUCAAGAAAAUGACACGGAGAGGUGGAAAUACCUUACGCAUUCAAGAGACAGACGGCCCACUUACAAUCAUCAACUUCAACAUGCGUUGGAGCCAGGAUGCAGAUACUACCAGGAUGCGAGAAUUCUUGCGCCGCACACUUCGGCGAGUAAAAGAUGCAUCCGAAAAAACUGGGACUGAUCAUCCGUACUUAUUCCUCAACCAUUGCUAUGAAGAGCAAACCCCACUUCUGUCCUAUGGAGCUGAAAAUAUUAAGCGGCUGCAUCGAAUCCGAGAGGAUCUUGACCCUGAUGGCGUUUUCCAGACCUUGAAAGUUGGACAGCAUAAACUCGGCCGGCAAUAUCAGGAUGCAGUCUCUUGGUCGGGAAAGACUGAGCUCUGA